ACGGCUAUGGACUCACGACUGGCUGUCGGCACGUCGUAAAGCGGGACCUUUCCACUAGUUCCCGCCACUGAGGAGCGAUGUGCUUCAAGUCAGCAGCUGCCCACGCUCGUUGCCGUCCAAUAUAGCCAGACGGUUUCCGCGGAAGGGACGAUGCAGAUUAACGGCGGGGACGUUUUCGGCUAUUCAGCGACCCAUACUGCAACUGUUUCCCCCUGUACGGUCUCAAAAAACCUCGAUCUUUUCUUUACCGCGACCAUUCCACUGGGACUGUAUUUCUGAGUUGCCUGUCAUGACUACGAUGAGCCGCAUAGUGCAGCACCCCAGCGGUCAGGACAGCGGCGUUGAUCUACACGCGCCCGCUGAGUUCCCGCAGAUGAGCCAGCCCGUCGACGAAGCAACGCCAGAAGAAGAAGAGCGGAUCCACGACUAUUCCUCUGACUCAGGCUUUGACAGCGGUAGCCUUAUGGACGACGAGACCGACUCCCUCGCCUCCAGUAUCCUCCAACAUCGGAUAGAGAACGGCCGACAGUACCAUGCAUAUCGGGAUGGCGCGUACUGGGGACCCAACGACGAGCCUGCAAAAGAGAUUCUCGAUUUUGCACACCAUAUGUACCUGCUCACCCUCGAUCAGAGGCUCCAUUUGGCUCCCAUUGAAAGCCCCCAAAACAUCCUUGAUGUGGGCACGGGUACAGGCAUAUGGGCCAUCGAUAUGGCUGAUCAAUAUCCCUCUGCAACCGUUACUGGCACUGAUCUCUCGCCCAUCCAGCCUGAGUGGGUACCUCCAAAUUGCCACUUUGAGAUCGACGAUGUAACGCUGGAUUGGACGUUUCCAGAUGACCAUUUCGACUUCAUUCAUAUCCGCGAGCUGUUUGGGUGCAUAUCAGAUUGGGACUUCUUCUUUCAAGAAGCGUAUACGCACACGAAGCCUGGAGGCUGGGUCGAAAUUGUAGAACAUUCUGUGCAACCAAUUGCAGAUGAUGAUACAGUGGGACCAGAUCACUUCUACCACACAUGGGGCGAGACGGUCAUUGAGAUGGGUGACCGAUUUGGUAAGAGCUUCACGAUCUGGGAAGAGGCUAAGCAGAGGAUGGAGCAAGCUGGUUUCGUGGAUGUUGUCGAGGUGAGGUACAAAUGGCCAAUGAAUGGAUGGCCUACAGACAAGAGGAUGAAAAACAUCGGGAGAUGGAAUCAGCUGCGGCUACACGAUGGGAUUGAGGGGUUCAUGCUGAGGCUGCUAACGCAGGUCGGCGGCUGGAGUCUCCCGAGAGCGCAGGUGCAUCUUGCGCAGAUGAGGAAAGAGCUGAAGAGUUACAGGGCGCAUGCAUAUCUGCCAGGCACUGUUGUGUAUGGCAGGAAACCACUGAAAUGAUGCCAGUGGUAUCUUUCUUGCAUUUUGGCCCUUCCUCCACGAUUUCCAGGCUAUGU